AGAGACAGCAGGUCCCACUCAGAGUGGAUGGAUCUCAUAACCUCCGCUGCUCCGCGCUCAUCUCCUUCCGUGUGAAUAAUGAAAGCGGGGAAGUAGACGGGCACAAGCGGUUCUCCGGGCGCGCGCGCGGACCUGAUUCGGUUAUACAUCUAGCUGCACACACACACACACACACACACACACACACACACACACACUUCUAUCCAUUACGCGCGUGCGUGCGUGCUACAUUGUAUCUAUAUUGUAUGAUCUAAAGUGCCGUGUGUGCGCGAGCCGCUGCGCCCGGAGCCCUGAUGGAGUACUGGAGGCAGUGCGCGCUCUGGCUGAUCCGGUGCCGCGUGCUCCCGCAGUCGCACCGGGUCACCUGGGAAACGGCGCGCGCCUUCGACCUGGCGCAGAGUCUGCGGGACGGCGUGCUGCUGUGCCAGCUCCUCAACAACCUCCAUCCUCAAACCAUCAACCUCAAGGAGAUCAACCUCAGGCCACAGAUGUCCCAGUUCCUGUGCCUGAAAAACAUCAGAACAUUCCUGGCGGCGUGCUGCGAAGUGUUCAGCAUGAAGAAGAGUGAGCUAUUCGAGGCUUUCGACCUGUUCGACGUACGUGACUUCGGCAAGGUGAUCGAUACUCUAUCCAAACUGUCCAACACAACAAUUGCACUACAAACUGGAAUACGGCCAUUUCCGACAGAAGAAAGUGUGGAAGACGAGGACAUCUACAAUCAUCUGGAAGACCUCAUAGAUGAGAAUGGUGUGGACGAUGAAGAGGACCUGUAUGACUGUGUGUACGAUGAUGAUGGAGGUGAAGUUUAUGAAGACCUGAUGAAGAUGGAAGCUGGAGCUCCACCGAAACAGGCGGAGACAGACAUCAGGAGCUGCUGCUUGGCUGAGAUCAGACAGACGGAGGAGAAGUACGCCGAGACACUGGAGUCUAUCGAGAAAUUCUUCCUCAGGCCGCUGGAGCAGUAUCUCACCUCGUCCGACAUCAACAAGGUGUUCAUCAACAUUCCGGACCUAGUGAAAGUGCACAAGAGCCUGCUGCAGGAUGUACAGAACUCCAUCGGUCACCAAAGUGCCAGUAACCUCUACCAGAUCUUCAUCGACUACAAGGAAAGGUUACUGAUCUAUGGGAAGUACUGUAGCCACGUCGAGACGGCCAUCGCCUAUCUGGAUGAACUCUGUAAAGAAAAAGAGGACGUGAGGCAAAAACUCGAGGUCUGUUCCAAAAGAGCGAAUAACGGGAAGUUUACACUCCGAGAUCUCCUCGUCGUGCCAAUGCAAAGGGUUUUGAAGUAUCAUCUGCUUCUCCAGGAGUUAGUGAAACACACCAAUGAUGCUGUGGAGAAGAGCAACCUGCGCAGCGCACUUGAUGCCAUGAAGGAUUUGGCGCAGUAUGUGAAUGAGGUGAAGAGAGACAACGAGACGUUGAGGGAAAUCGACCAGUAUCAGAAAUCCAUCGAGAACCUUAAUCAGCCCCUGUUAAAUUACGGGAGGCCGAAGGUUGACGGUGAGGUUCGAGUCUUAACUGUGGACAAACGAGCCAAACAGGACAGGCACAUCUUCCUGUUUGAUGCAGCCGUGAUUGUGUGUAAAAGGCGAGGAGACGUGUACGAGAUGAAGGAGGUGAUUGACCUCCAUAACUUCAAAAUCACCAACAACCCAACUUCGGACAAGGAGAACCGCAAGUGGUCAUAUGGGUUUUAUCUCACACACAAUCAGGGACAGAGCGGCUUUGAGUUCUUCUUCAAGACCAAAGAACUGAAGAAGAAGUGGCUCGAGCAGUUCAGCAUGGCCAUUUCCAACAUUCGCCCGGAGAACAGCACCAGCAACCAGCACGAAUUCCGCAUGCACACCUUCGAAAGGAUCACGACCUGCAGCUCCUGCAAGAUGCUGCUCAGAGGGAUCUUUAAUCAGGGAUAUCAGUGCUCGAAAUGUGGAGAAGGAGCUCAUAAGGAAUGUUUGGCCAGAGUGCUACAGUGUGGAAAAGGCGGUGGAUCUGAUAUGGGAUCCCCUCGAACACUGGACCGAGCACACUGCCGGAGAGCAGAUCCAGGUUUACCAAAAAUGUUGGCGAUAAGGAAUUACCACGGCAACCCCGUCCCGCAGUAUGGCCCCGCCCUGAACAUCCAGCAGGGUGACAUCAUCGAGCUGAUCCGCGCAGACUUGCACAGCUCCUGGUGGCAGGGCAAAGUCUUGUCGACGAGAGAGGUUGGAUUCUUCCCAAGCGACGCUGUGAAGCCUUGCCCGUGUGCAAAACCAAUCAACUACUCUUCUCAGACCUGGUUUGCGGGUAGCAUGCUGCGAGUGCAGGCAGAGGAGACACUUCUGAACAGGCAGAACAGCACGUACCUGGUGAGGCAUCGAGGCCACGACAGUAACGAGUACGCCAUCAGCAUCAAGUUUAACAACGAUGUGAAACACAUCAAGAUCUUAACCCGAGAUGAAUAUUUCCAGAUCGCGGAGAACAGGAGGUUCAGGAGCAUCAUGGAGCUGAUUGAGUACUAUAAGCAUCACUCUCUAAAGGAGGGCUUCAGGACCCUCGAUACAACACUGCAGUUUCCCUACAGAGAGCCAGAGAAAGGAGGGAGUGCUCCAUUGCUGUGCACUCUUUCUUUAGUUUCUCCAGCAGGCUGCAGCUUUGUGCCCCCCUCCUCCACCCCCUUCUGGUCAGUGUUGACUCCGAAGGUGAUUGGUGUGGCGAUCGCACGGUACGAUUUCAGUUCUCGGGACAUGAGGGAGCUGUCGCUGCAAGAAGGGGACAUAGUGAGGAUCUACAGCAAGUCCACAACUAACGGCUGGUGGAGGGGCGAGGUCAACGGCCGGGUGGGCUGGUUUCCCUCCACGUACGUAGAAGAAGGAGAGGAAUGAAAAACAGAUCAACAGAAGGAAGUCAAAAGGACAUUUUUAUGUUUACAUGCGGAACUGGACUGAACCAUGGACUCGUCCUCUUUUAAUCCGAGUCUGAAAAGCUUCUUGAAGUGUCUCAGCAGGGACACUCAGCGCUUACCCAGAAUCCUCUGCUGUUAGCAAAGCAGUCACCAGUGAAGGUGUGUGUGUGUGUGUGUGUGUGUGUGUGUGUGUGUGUGUGAGAGAGAGAGAGAAAAUGAUAGGAAGAAGUAAGAACCCCUACAGGCGUGUACGUCACUGUGUGUGUGUGUGUGUGUUUGACAUUGUCACUAAUCAGAUGGAUUUAUUGUGUGGAUGUUUGUAUUUUCUUGUCCUAUGUUGUUGCUGCUUAUCUUGUAAGGACAUGUUUAUCUGAUUUGAGAGACAGAGGGAGAGAGAGAGAGAUGACAGAUCAGCGCUCACACACACACACACACACACACUCUCACACACAGAGUGAUUCCCACCUCUAGAUAGUGCAUCCAUUGCAUUUUUAAUCCACUAGCCGAUAGUAAAUGAUUGACAGUCUACACUCCCUGCUCUUAUCUGACCCCUUUACAGCCACCACAACCUCCAGCUGGUCCCUUUCAACCCAAACCUGAAGCACAGCUUUUGAGCAAUUUUUUUUUUUCAGCAUCAGGAUCAUAACAAGAGUUUCGCAGAUAUUUAUGUGCGCAUAAAGCCGUCUCAGUAAUUUGCUCACAUUGUUGCGUCUCAGAGCAGGACUGUAGUGUGGAGUUGGUGCCACUAGAUGGCAGCAGCAUUAAUGGAUUAAUAAACUGUCUCAUGUCCCCUGAUCACAUCAUGAUCCAGUCGCAGCAUUUAAAGACACGUCCUCUUUUUAGUUUCUCCCAGUAGCCUUGUACACUAAAUCCUCAUCCUGCUGCAGUACAGACCUCAGGCUUCAACUUCGUACUGAGUGGUUAGAGACAUUACAGAUCAACACUGCUGUGAUUUUAAAGGGGAGCUUACACAUUCUAGAACAUUCCAGAAUGCUGACCACUCCCAGGAACAUUCCAGAACACCAUUUUAACAACCUUCUAGGACACUGACCCAGCCAGAACACAUCCCAUUUCAGAACCUCUAUAAACUCUUACUCAUUCUGGAAUGUCCCAGCACACCAACCCAUUCUAGAAUCUCUCUAAUACAGGUCUCAAUCUAGAACAUCCCAGAUAACCAACCCGUUCUAGAAUAUAUAACACAGACACAUGCUGGAACAUCCCAGAUAACAAACUCAUUGUAGAACCAGUAUAAUACAGGCUCAUUCUAGAACAUCUAAGAUAACCAACCCAUUCUAGAACCUCUAUAAUACAGACUCAAUCUAGAACAUCCCAGAUAUCCAACCCGUUCUAGAUUCUAUAAUACAGACACGUUAGAACAUUCCAGAUAACCAACCCAUUCUAGAACCUCUAUUAUAUAGACUUAAUCUAGAAAAAUCCUAGAUAACAAACCCAUUGUAGAACCAGUAUAAUACAGGCUCAUUCUAGAACAUCUCAGAUAACCAACCCAUUCUAGAACCUCUAUAAUACAGACUCAAUCAGAACAUCCCAGAUAACAAACUUAUUCUAGAACCUAUAAUACAGACAUUCUAGACAUUCCAGAUAACCAGCCCAUUCUAGAACCUCUAUAAUACAGACUCAAUCUAGAACAACCUAGAUAAUCAACCUAUUCUAUAGCCUAUAAUACACAUUCUAGAACAUUCCAGAUAAUAAACGUACAUCCCAUUAAAGAACCUCCAUAAACUCUUACUCAUUCUGGAAUGUCCCAGCACACCAACCCAUUCUAGAACCUCUAUAAUGCAGACUCAAACUAGAACAUCCCAGAUAACAAAUCCAUUGUAGAACCAGUAUAAUACAGGUUCUUUCUAGAACAUAUCAGAUAACAAACACACUUUAGAACCUCUAUAACGCAGACUCAGUCUAGAACAUCUCAGAUAACAAACACAUUAUAGAACCUAUAAUACAGAUACAUGCUAGAAAAUUCCAGAUAACUAACCCGUUUUAGAACCUCUAUAAUAUAGACUCAGUCUAGAACAUCCCAGAUAACAAACCCAUUCUAAAGCAUCUAUAAUACAGACUCAGUUUAGAACAUUCCAGAUAACCCACCUAUUCUAGAACCUCUAUAUAACACAGACUCAUUGGAGAACAGCAGGAAGAUCCAACUCAUUCUCGCCAAUUAAUGAACAGCAAUCUGUUGUAAAACAUUUCAGGAUCCUGAUCCAUCCUAAAACAUCUCUUUGAACAUUUUAAAAUCCCAACUCGUUCCAGAACGUGCUGCAACACCAAAGACAUUCUGUAAUAUUUUAGUAUGCUGAACUGAUACCAAGUUCCAACUUAACAACCUUGUAAAAGCUUCUAGAGGUAUUCCAGAACUCAUCCCAUUUCUGAGACUCUGUAAACUCUUAGUCAUUCUGGAACAUCCUACAGUAGAUAACCAAGUAUUCUAAAAUCCUGAUCCAUCCCAAAACAACCUGAAUCAUCAACUUGAUCUUAAACAAUCCAGCACACUGUCCCGCUUUAUAGAACAUUCCAGAUCUCCAAACCAAAACUCCAACUAUUUCUCCUCCCGCAUUAAAAAGCGCUGUUGCUUCAUCUGCUAUCACCUCGAUACCUCGAUAUUCCUGAGCUGAGAGUUUAGCUAACUGACUUACAAACACAAAGAGGGGAAUGCAUCCUGAUUGGUUAAUCCUGUGUCAGCCAAUCAACUGUGAUAAGAGUUCAUAUCUACCCACAAUUCCAUGCGUCUACAGAAUACGUCAGUCUGUCGUUUCAGACAUGUCCGUACAUGGCUCUCUCUCACUCACUCAUUCACGCUCUCUCACUCUCUGUACUUGUGUGAACUUCCUACUGUGUGAUAAUGGUGAGCAGAGACUGAUGAAAUCCUCCCACGAUUCUGUCACACACUUCUGUGUGGAACAGUUGAAUAGAUUAUAAUAACAUUAUGUCGUCAUGGCCAUGUUGCGUGCUACGUGUUUUUUUUUUUUUCUUUGUAUAAUUGUACAUUUGUAACCAUUCGACCAACCUGUUAAAGCCAUGAACAGCAUCAGAAAAGCUGUAUUGUCUCUCAAGGACCUUGAAUAUUCCUUCGGUACUGUUGUUCACUGACGCCAAAGAUGUGUAUGUGUUUAUGUGUAUGUAUGUGAGCCACAGUGGCCUGUGCAAUCCUGAAAUACUGCUGUGUUAUACUGUACAUACCGUAUGUAGAUAAUGCACAAUAAAGUUAUAUUGCUUGUUUUUA